ACUUGGUGUAGUUUUGAAAUGGCGUUUCUUUAGAAUGGAGGAUAAAAAAGAAGAAAAUGUGGAAGAAUUACUUGAAAAACUUGAACGAACGACUUCGGAGCUUAAUCAAAUCAAAGAAUUUCUAAGUGAAAAGGGAAUACCAUGGGAAGAACUGGAAAAUGGUGCAACAAGUAAUGUGAAAAACAUUACAGGAUUCAGAGGUGCAAAAUCAAAACUAACCAACCCAGAUAUAAUGAGAUACAGCAGGCAGCUUAUAUUGCCAGAGAUUGGUGUAAGAGGACAAUUAAAACUAAAUAACUCCUCAGUGUUGAUUGUUGGAGCUGGAGGAUUAGGGUGUCCUGUGGCCAUAUACCUAACAGCGGCUGGUGUCGGAUGCAUUGGAUUGGUUGACUACGACGAUGUUGAACUAAACAACCUGCAUCGACAGGUUUUACAUUCUGAACUGAAAGUUAACUGGAGUAAGGUUGAUUCAGCAAAAGCGACAUUGUCUAAAUUGAAUUCUUCAGUGCAAAUAAUUACAUAUAAAUUGCAUCUCAACAGUGCUAAUGCCCUGGACAUAAUCUCAAACUAUGACAUCAUAGUUGAUGCAACAGAUAAUGUUCCAACCAGGUAUUUGUUAAACGAUGCAUGUAUACUAACGAGAAGACCGUUAGUCUCAGGAAGUGCACUUCGCUUUGAUGGACAAUUGACUACAUUUGGUUAUGAGAAUGGACCCUGUUAUAGAUGUCUCUACCCCAUCCCUCCACCUCCUGAGACAGUAGGGAAUUGUUCAGACUCUGGUGUACUAGGAGUUGUUCCAGGUAUAAUUGGCAACUUACAAGCUCUAGAAGUUAUAAAGAUUGCAGUUGGCCUUCCUGUGUCCUUUAAUAAGAAAAUGUUGUUAUUUGAUGCACUGGACGGUAGAUUUACAACCAUUAGACUCCGCAGCAGGCAAAACAACUGUGCUGUUUGUGGAGAUGAGCCAACAAUAACCAUGUUGCAAGAUUAUGAACAGUUUUGUGGCACAGCAGCUUCUGAUAAAACUAGAAAUAUUGAUAUCCUGCAAAGUAUCAGUAGGAUCUCAGCCCAGGAAUACAAGAAAUUGGUAGAUGAAAAUAUAUCACACAUAUUGGUUGAUGUCCGUCCAAGGGUUGAGUUGGAGAUAUGUUGUUUGCAAACUUCUGACAACUUUCUAAACAUUCCAAUCAGAGAUAUAGAGAACAACAAGAACCUGGUGAAAAUUAAAGAAGAAAUAAGCACAACGUUGGCUAGAAUUAAUAGUGAACAUGAAACAUCUCUACCAGUUAUUGCUGUUUGUCAUCAGGGCAAUGACUCACAGCGAGCAGUUGUAAUUUUGAAAAAAAUUCUCCAGGACUUUGAUGUUUCAAUAAAGGAUAUGGCUGGUGGAUUAGAGCAAUGGACCAAACAUAUUGAUCCCAGUUUUCCAUGCUAUUAAUCAAUGAACUAUUACUUCCAUAAAAUUCUAUUAAUUGUGGAAGUAUCAUGUAGGAAAAUAUGAUUACACAAUAGACUGUUCACAAUUAUGCUGAGCAAAAUCUUUCAUAUGAAAAGAAUGCAGUUUUAAUGCAAUAAUGAAUUUGAGCAGUUUCAUAGCAUAUUAUAAUAUAACCUAUACUGCUACUGGUAGUACGUACUACCCCUACUGUACCCAUUCAUACCUUUCCAAUAAAUCCCUAUUUCACAACCAUCUAUCCACAACUUUUCCUGGAAUAAAUUCUAGAAAAUUAGCAAUUAGAACAAUUGAUUAGAACAAUUGAUUAGAAACAUCUUGCUACAUAGCGACGAG